AAGAUUAAUUUUCUCCAUAUCUCUCUGAUGUAUUUCGUGAAUCCUGCGCGAUUCAAUAAAUCUGAGAAUACUGAUGAACACGCGGAUGCAUGUCAUUCGCAGGACAAGUAAUAAUAGCCUUUUAAUUGCGCAUUGCGAGAUGCGAUGAUUGUAACUACGCUGAGGACAAAUAUUCCAAACACUUGUCUUGUUUUUAUAAUACGACACCUUGACACCUUUUUACAUAUCGUUGAGUUCUGGUGCUCCGCGCUCUAACAAAGGGAGACUGAGAACCUUGGGCAGUUUUUAGACAAAGUACUGGGGUUAGAAAGAAAGAUCUAGUGUUUUUCUGGAUAAAUUUUGCGCCGUAUGAAAUUCAAUGAGUGUCAUCUUUCGAAACUAUCCCAGGGUAAAAUGGGGAAUGCCUAAGAUAAAACGUCUUGAUAUAUCACACGUGAGGAAGGCAAAGCUGAUUUUCCAUUCAACGCGCCAAUUAUUCUCUCGGCACUGAAAUAUUUACAUUAAACUCGAGCGAGAUACAAGAAACUUAUUUAAUAUAACAAUUAUAUUAAAAAUGUUAACUUUGUGCACUUGCGCUCGUUAAUUUGCUUGUUUGCUCUAUGUUUAUUAAUUUUUUGUUCACUAUAAUUUCCCUACUAGUUUGCCACAUAUAUUUAACUUGUUAGCAAAGGAGUAAUUGACCAUUAAUAUGUAAUAUAACGAGAUAAUAUAAGAAAAAAAAUUUUUUAACAUGUAUCUCGUGGUCUUAAUUACUUCCUUUCCUCACUAUUGUGCAUAUCGACAAUGUGAGUCUCGACUUUAUUUGUCGUAUCAUUUUCUCUUGCGUCCCGUGCAAUCGAACAGAGCGACGACUAUCCAUUGUAACGGGGUCGACGGGCCUUUCGCCAACGAUGUUCUUCUCGGUCCUCGGCUCGCGAUUGGCGGGGAAACACCGUAGGAUAGCUACGCUAUCUGUUGAUCCAUCAUGGUCCAUCAUGGCGAACAUAGUCUAUCUUUAUCAUGGAAGGUUAGCUGUUUCAUCCACCGCGAGUGAGGAAGCGCGAAGAGGAACGAACGGGGCUAGACGGCGUGGUAAACGUGGCGCAUUCGAGGCUAGUCGAGAAGUAGGUGGAAACACGAGUGCCUCUCCCCGAUCUUCUCACGGGGUUAAUUAGCAAUCUCGUGAGUUAAUUACUUUAGGCGUAGGGGCAGCGGGCGCGAUUCGCAGGAACAGUCACCGGUCGGAAGGACGUGCGCGCUUCUUUGUUACUGUAUCCCCGAGAGCUCUCGUGGAGGCGCGACUUCGCCCGAAGAGUUACCGCAAUUCGAAAUUAUUCUACCGAAACUCAUUUUCCCGCGCACGGGAAGACAUCACGUCGUAGCUUGUAACAAUCGGCGUGGUAACGCACGGCUUAAGUGCGGAUAAUCACGAGCGAUAGUCUUUUCUAAGCGUUACUCAUAAUCUUCACACUAGAUAAUCGUGUCUCUGUAUAAACGCUGCUCGUUAUUACUUAGAACUGAACUUAAUCAUGCAAUGUAAUUUUAAUUGUAAUUUUAAUUUUGACACAAUUGUGUACACACUCGGGGAGAAAAGAAGAAUUUUGCAUUUUGAGGCAAUAAUUUUGUUGAGCAAUAAUUUUGAUGAGCAUCUUGGCGCGUCUGGGCGCCUGAGCUUUUAUACAGAUAACCUUUAGUCGAGAUUCUAACCUUAAGAUAAGACUAUAUGCGGACUAGAAAUUAUAGCCUUGUAAAACCAUAGAAAAUCUACCUGUUGCUCGUUUGUCUUCAGACGAGGGACAGGUUUUCAAGAUAUAUUCGUUGUCUAAUAGAUCUUUCUCUGCCUUUCGAAACAAAUGUUACUUAUCCUUUCUGAAAAUACAUUCGGACAGUUUUCUUAUCUCACGUGAUAAUGAGUCAAAGACUUCUACUAUUUUCAUAAUAGAGAAAAAGAUAGUAAAGAAAUCUUUUUGUAAAUAAAUAAACUCUGUAGAUAAAUAAGUUUGCAUAUAUUUCGAAUUAUAUAUUAAAUUUGAGAGAAAAUAAUUAUAAAAAGAGACACGAGAGAGAGAGAGAAAGAAAGAGGAAGUUGUAUUUUUUAAAAAUUCCUUAUAUCAAAUUCGAAGAACUAAUUGUCUUUGAUAUUAAAUGGCAGGAUAAUAAUGAUAGAUGAAGGGGAUUCUUAAGAAAGGGCUAUAUCCACUCAUACUAAUGAAAAGGUAUUCAUACAUGACGAAGAGCUCGGUCCUGGCGGCAUACCUAAGGUGAUUCACCACAAAUGCAUCUUGCGGGGUGAGAAUGUUUCGAUAUUACAUGAAUCCUUCUUCGGUACGACCUUUCUCAGUCGCGUGCCAACUUUCAAAGGUCCCGUGUUUUGACCGCUAAUUUGGCGUAACAUGUCUGUUUGAUUUUCACAACGAGGUGGCAUUGUUUGCGAUUUUUAUGCAGGAACAAUGAGUCCUAAAAUAAGACGACCACACUUGAGACAUUUAAAAUGUGUCUUGAGAAUGCCAUCACGAGUAGGCGCGUCAUGGGUAUACAAUGAGAAAUGUUGCAGUUUUUAUCAUGACGAAUAGAGACGUCUGUCUAACAUAUAAACAUUGGCGGCGUCUUAUCGUUGGCGACCGAUCCCAAUUACUGACGCAGUCACAAUUCAGGAAGCGAACGGAAUUGGUAACGUCGCGGGAGCAAGCAAUUUCAGCCUUAUGAUUAUUAAUAAACCGCUGGUUUCUCCCGCCGCGCGCUUCUUGUUUACCUAUUUGCAAUUUCUCAAAGGCCGGAACAAUGUUUAAACGUGCAUAUAAUCGUCGCGUCAUGAGAUUUAGUUCCGAUGCGGCUGUAUGAUAUGAACAGUAGAAUGUCUCUAAUGGUACAGAUCAUAUCGGCAGUAUGCUCGAGUAUAAUUCUCGCAUCUUUGCAUGCUCUUGCUUCAUCUUCUAUCUCGAAUACAGUUACGGCGACGAUAAUUGGCGACUGCGUACAUAAUUAGGAGAACCGUCAAUUAAAAGUGUUCGUCGCGGUGUCGCUAAACAACAACCGUUACUCCUUGAGAAACGCGCGUCAAUAAUUGACGAUCGUGCUGCGCGAUCCACAAUUUUUUAUUUUUUUACACGUCACGACGAUUUGUAGAAAAAGCACAGCCGCGUUUGCGGGUUGCCACCUCGGUUACGGACACCUGACAUAAUUUCCCGUUAUUAUCGGAUUGUUUCCGGUCGGCGUUGAGAUAGUUCCUCUGAGCUCGCCUGUCGGGCUGCUAAAAGGUGACUUGGAGUUAUUAUUUUCUUGACUUUUACAGUCGACGUUGUUACAUCCUAUAAAGAUUUUACGCAAAAUGUCUUAAUCGCUUCUCGGGAGGUUGUGCCGAAGAAAUUUACAAGGAAACUUACUUGGACCGCUCUCUGCGUCCAAAUUGAAAGCUAGCAGGUAGGUCACCAUCGCCAUUUAAAUACUCGUUCAGAGUCAAGUGUUUUACAUGCUUUGACUCGGUUGGGCUUGCAUCCUGUCGCAUGAACGAAGGAGGAAAUGUUCCAAUCCCACGCCAAGCGAGCGACUACUUCUCUUACGCGAUGCCCACACUUCUUGAUUAAAAAAUAUCACCGAGAAUCAGGAGAAACAGCCUAAUACAAUCAGUCCCCCGUGGUGUAUUUUAUCAAUAUAUAAUUACAAUAUAUUAAUUCUUAAUACUCUGAAAUUUUCUUCUCACGAGCGCUGGAGAAACUUUUUCAUAAUAGCCGUUCUAUAAGAACAAGUAACAUUAAAUGUCGAUUUUUCAAUAAUAGUUGAAACUUAAAUUACGUUUAAACCUUGUCCUAAUAAUUCAGUAUGUUUGAUGUGUUGGAAACAGAGUUGAAAUUUAAAUCUAAGAUUAAACUGCUAUUGAAAAAUCGGUUCUAAAUGAAAUAUCCCGACUCCAGUCGAGUCGAAGUACAUCAGUUGCAUGCGACUCGUGCCUUGUCGUCGACGGAUCUUACGUGUGUUGCGUGCAUCAGUGACAAGGCCUAAUCGCAGUCGAUACGCAAUAGCCUGGCUCUACACGUUUGUCCCAGUCUCCACGUAGCUACAUACUACGUCUCUCAUAUUUUCUCCACAAUCUACCAGCACACACGUGCCGGCACAUACAUUGAUACAAUCGUACGGAGUCGUUCCUCGUGACUCUCGUAACUCCUCUAGGUGAGCGUCAGGACUGGAGCGGGAGUCUUGGUCGCCCGCAAGAUCGUUCAAGCUGACAGAGUCUGUGGGUUCGUCUUAGGUGAACAAUGUUGCCUUCGGCGUUGCGGUCGAAGCGUCAACCCGCUUCAAUUCGUAACGGAGGAAACUGGAUGAGACGCGAAGAACAUUCUCGCGAGGAAUCGGAAUCUCUACGUGAGACAGAAAUCUUCUAUCAAGGAAUCAUCUAAACAUGAAUGAUCUCUACCGUAUGCAAUCUGACAUAUUGUGCUAUGAACAAAAUGACGGAGAGACGAGAUAAAUUCCUCAUCAGCCGCACAGUAGCACUUGCCGCAACUUUCCCCGUCGACGUAACGCGCUGCAAGCGUAAUUGGCCGCGUUUUCUCGCGGAAGUGAUGAUCCCGUGGAGAUUCGGCUGGUUUUUCGGUGAUAUUCGAUCGUCCCGGAGAACCAAAGAGUGGUUCUUGUUUACGGCCCUGCUCACCUGGGCCGCUAAGGUAGGUAGGUGAACGUAGGACAGCUAAACGGGUGACGUCAUUGGCUUCUUGGAUCUAUCGGAAGGCGGGAUGAAGCGAGAAGGGGCACACCGUGCUGCGGCCCCAUAGAAAGAAGAGGAAGAGAGCCGGGGGUGGGGGUGUUCGCCAGUACCGCGGAGUCGCUGGCUUCAGGUACGGGCGCACGGUGCCGCGUGCAGGUAGUUCUGUGCUCCUUCUCCGUCACGUUUCUCCGCGCGAUCGCGCGUCGCUUUCGGCCGAAGGAACGCUCUGAUCUUCACGCUUCUCUCGAUGAGCCGGAAGUGCAGCCAUUGAAGUUGACGGGGAAGGAAAAACGGAUCUCCGAGUUUCGUGAUGGUGCCUUGGUGUUUGUCCAAUGGAAGGUGCACACGUGUAUCGUAUGGUUAGAUAACGAUGCUAGGGAGUGAAUACGGUGAACAAAUGCCGGAGUCCUCAUUGAAAUACCCGCGCAAGAAGAUGUAGCGGAACGGUGGUGGCAACUAUGGCGGCGAAAGGUCACUCUUCUUCAUUCUGAGAGGUUAACGCUGCGAGACGAGAGAGAGGUGCACGUGGUACGUCCAAGUGGAACGAAGUGCUGGGGCCGUCCGACGCAAUCGUUAACAUCCCGGCAAGGGAUUUCGCUAUCGUUCGGGGAAGGGUACAUUCGGGGAAUUUACGAGGAACCAUUGCUUCCUCUGAUCUACGGUAGCGACCUGCAGAAAUUCCGAUAUAAUCCUCAUAAAUAUCCAGUGGAUGUUGGAAAUCUUCCAAGAAAGUUCACUCAUCUUGCUGGGCGAUCGUUUGAAAUUCUUCCAACGAUUGGUCGACUGGUCUUUGCUACGAGCGGGCGGACGAGUUCUCGUCGGAGAUAUUGGCGACAUCGACGGAAGGAUCGAAAUCGCAAUCGAUUAGCAAACUUGCGCUUAUGCUGAUAGCGCGAAGUUCGCGAAUCAACGAGGCGACUUCACCGGCUCAACGAGUCCUACGUUUUUAAUCGGGUCUACGAUACUCGUCCGGCAACGGGUUCUCCCGCUGGCGUAUCCGGCAUGCUGUUGCUGGAUAUGAUUCUUCUUCCAUUCUUUAUGAAGAAGCAUCUGCCUCGAGACUCUCGCCUGAGAUACAACUGCUUGCUCAUCGUCAACCUUCGCGUCUCCUCUCUUCCCCGUUUUGUAUGCUUAAACACUCUCUCGUUUAUCUGAUACAUCGCGGUGACUGCGGCGGAGAGUGUUAUUACUCAGACGAAAGUAACGUAGCGAGUUACGUUGCAACGUCAGACUAUUAUUUGUACCUGAGAAAAGCAAGAAAGAGGAGAUAUCUCGAAGGUAAGAGGAAAGACUGAGAAGGUUGAACGUUUUCCAGCAUAUCUUAAUAAAAGCGCUUAUCGCCCAUAAUUUGGAGGGCUCAAGGAGCAUCAAAUUAAACGAAACGAUAAAAUGGAGAAAUGGUAGUGCACGUCAUUGCCUAAAAAAGGACUAAGAUUGAUCAAGUAUCAAAGAAAGCACGUUAUAAGAUUACAGAGCAAAUGCACCAAGCGAAAUUGCCAAGCAAGCGUGUAACGCGUCGUAUGUAGACACUGCAAACAGCACUAUCGGGCCGCGGACCCACCACGGGAAGUUUCCCGCCGGGUGGAAAUUCGUAUUUGUCUUUACCGUUGUCUUUAACCGGUCCCCCGGAAGACAUUCGGUUUAUCUAGCGCGAUGCUUUCGUUCUGACUUGCCAUCCAUGGUUUGUACGAAUCCACGAGUCUUUCGCUAUACAAAUUUACUCAACGCGCUGAGAUAACCGCGAUGUACUCGCGGAACACAAAAACGACAACGAUGAAGUGCAAAAAUUAACGCCAGUGAUUUCGAGCGCGCAGAGAAAAAUGUUGAAGUGGAUGAAAGUCCGUCAGAACUCGUCGGCGACGACGUCCGUGCCGAAGACGUCGAUGUCAGCCGCGCAUCGUCAGGAUAUCAAGAUCAAUGAGACGAAAACUGAGGUGGAAGUUGGCGGCAAAGAAGAGGAGGAGGAUAGCGGCAUGGAGAGAGAAGACACGGUGCCCAAUAAUGAACUGAGCGAUUUGAAAAAAGACCUGUUCUCGCAGCUGCAGUUUUCGCAAGAGAGCGCACUGCCGCCCGACACAUUGCGCCGCGCGCUGGCCGAAAGCUUUCUCGAUCAGCAGAGGUUCCAGCUCGGCUUUAUGGACGAUGCCGCGGAAUGUUUCGAAAACAUCCUCUUACGCAUACACCUCCAUAUCGCCAGCGGCGAGGCCGAGGAUAUGUGCAGUGCGAGGCAUUGUGUGCCGCAUCAGAAGUUCGCUAUGACGCUCGUCGAGCAAAGCGUCUGUGGAGCUUGCGGCGCAACCUCGGAGCCGUUGCCUUUUACACAAAUGGUGCAUUACGUCUCCGCAUCAGCAUUGACGUCCCAGGCUCGUCAAACGUCGUCAAUCUCUCGAAACAACCCGGAUCUCUUCGGGCAACUUCUUCGAAGAGCCGGCGGGAUGGGUGACAUCCGCGACUGUCCGAGUUCUUGCGGGGCGAAAAUUCAAAUAUGCCGGACUCUGAUGAAUCGGCCGGAAAUAGUUUCUGUCGGUGUCGUCUGGGACAGCGAGCGGCCGUCGUUGGAGCAUAUCAUGGACGUUUUCGCGACCGUGGGCACGUCCCUCCGGCUCAGUGAUGUCUUCCACAGCGUCGUGGACUCCCGAUGGGGUGCCUCCACUGUGCAUAAUCUCGUAGGAGUGGUCACCUAUUAUGGGAAACACUAUUCCACCUUCUUCUUUCACACGAAGUUAAAGGUGUGGAUUUACUUCGAUGACGCCACCGUGAAGGAGAUUGGACCUCGGUGGGAGCAAGUUGUGGAAAAGUGUAGGAGAGGUCGUUAUCAACCUCUGCUGUUACUGUAUGCGACGCCCGCCGGAACUCCCGUUAAUACCGAGAAUGCUCCAAAGACUGUUAUUCCUUUCCCGAAUGGAAACGGCCUAAAGACAUCUCCGAAGAACAGUGUUCGUCGUUCCAUUACGCCUAGUCCUGAAAAGCCAUCCAUCAACAGCACUGCCAGGCGUGCCAUCACACCUAAUCCUGACAGUCCACCCCAUCUUUAUACGCAACGAAGCAUUUACAGCGAUUAUCAGAACCUCACCGACAUCCAAAACAACAUAUUCGGCAAUCAGGGCGUGGAUGUGGUUGACGGUGAAGUAGAAUCGAAAUAUAUCAGUCGUCGCACCGUCGAGAACGUGAUGCAGCAUCAAAAGAAGCAACAGAUGCAACUGACGCGAAGUUUAAGCGCGGGUUCAGCGCCGCAAGAUGGAAUCAACAUUCCUGAUCACAUGAAUGUGCCUCGAAGACGAGAUUCCGGUAACUGGUCUGGCGAUAGGAAUAGCGCGUCCUCGAGUUCGUCGACCACCAUGGACAAUCCGUACCUUUACAUUGUGAACAAAAUGCAGAGGAAUUCGGGUGUACCUAAGAGCCCAACUAGCAAGUCCGGAGAACUCUCGAGCAGCAGCAGUGGCCACUACGACGCCGGCUACGACUCGUAUUCUUUGUCUUCUACGGACAGUCUUCCACUUCAGCAAGGCCUGAAGCAUAACUUACAGCUUGCUCAAAUACCAGAGGGUUACCAGCCGUCUUCCGGUGACGACUGCGAACGAUUGUGUAAAGAAACGGAUGCGCUGUUGGACAAAUCGCGGGCUGCCGAAGAUGCCGGCGAUCUUAGCACUGCCGUGGCACUGUGCAGCGCGGCCAGCAGCAAAGCCAGAGCCGCGAUGGACGCUCCGUACAAUAAUCCUCAUACGAUCACGAUAGCGAGAAUGAAGCAUAACACUUGCGUCAUGCGAACAAGGAGUUUACAUCGAAGGAUGCUGCAGGAACAGGCGACUGUCAAUGGCGACAAGGAAGAAGGAGCACCGGAAGGAAGGCACUCUCGAGAAAACAGCAAGUCGGGCCAACAUUCGAGGCAAAGCUCGCGGGAUAAGGGCAAUCACUCUCGACAGAACAGUCGGGAACUUCUAGUGAACGCCGCAACGACGGUGGUGGACAAACCUGCCACGAAGAGCAUCGAGAUUUACGCGACUCUACCGAAGAAGAAGACUUUACGUAGCAAAGCGACGGCAGUAAACGUCAUCGAGGACGAGGAGUACAUGCUGUACGAUCGUCCGACGCAGAGAACCGGUUUGUUUAGUCGUACAAAACGCUGCGACGAUGACAAGAAAGACAAGAAACGCGCGAGGAGCGAGGAAAGGAAUAAAAACGUCUCGAAGGAUUUUUCGAUAGCACCGUCUCGAGCGUCACCGUCGCCGAAAGGUGCGAAGGUCGAGAAGCCAAAGGAAAGCGUUGAGAUUAAUACGUCUGCUGUGAGGAGUGCACAGCCCAACAACGCGACUGUGGUCGAGCAAAAGCAGGGCAAGAAACAACAUAAGAUACGUAGGAAAUUGCUGAUGGGUGGAUUGAUCAAGAGGAAGAACAGGAGUAUGCCAGAUUUACGUGAAGGGCAGGAUGGCCAGACGAACGAGAACGCGGAGGGAACCUCCAGCACUUUGCCGAAGCAGUCAGUAGAUGAUUCCAGUGUCGGCUUAAAGGGCAACGACGUGAGUCAAUCGCUGAGCGGUUACCUCUCGGAGGGACAUCUGGAGUUCGCCGGCAACGGUGGGCCAGGUAACACUAGCAAUCCAAAUCUCGAACGUAGUCGUCUGAUGAGGAAGAGCUUUCACGGCAGCGCCGGCAAAGUGUUACACGUGGCGAAAGUGCCUCCGCCUCCUCCGCUCAGGACCACUUCUCAGCUUAGCAAGUCUAAGUGUUCGGGCGAAGUGCACAACGAGCAGCAAUCCGAUAAGGCUGCGUAUCCUUUGCCCGACGGUCAGUGCGCAGCCAACCAGUCGCAGGAUCAGAACGCCGCUUAUUGGAACCACAUGAACUCAAAUAGCUCAUCCAAUGCGAAUAAUAGGAACUCCAAUUAUGCUGAUUAUUCCUCGGAAUCGCAUUCUCUUCCAUUUUUACCAUCUUAUAGUGAACAGAGCGCCAAUGUUGCUGGAACCUGUCAAACAAGUUACAACAAUAAGCCCAGGAUUCAAGAUGACGUUGUACAAUACGCCAACGGCAUAGUUUACGAGCCGACUUUCGUCGUCACCCGUGCCGACGUGCACAGUGAGCAGAGUCCUGUUAAGCAGCAGUCUCAGUUAGAUCCUUUGCCACCUUAUCCUGAAAAUGGUAAUGUCUCGCACUCGAGACAACCGAGUGAGGACUUCCCGCCUCCUCCGUAUCCGUCGAUUCACUCGGUAUCUCACUCGAGACAAGCCAGCGAGGACUUUCCGCCGCCGCCACCGCCAAUCGACGAACCGAUUCAUCUUUCGGAGACUCAGCAGCAUCAAGUUUCCGCUCAGAUGCAGCAACGCUCACAACAGUUCGAGACACAACAGAUCAGCAGCUUGUUAGCGCAGUUGCAGAACAAAAGAGAACAGAUCCUGACUAGCGAAACGAAUGAUGAGAAACGGCCGGAAGAACACGAGGAAGAGGAGAAGUCGUCCAGCGAAACGUGGUUGAGAGAGCUACAAGCUAAACAGGCGGAGAGGAAGAUGAAGAGGCAGGGAUCUCUGGAUCAAGACAUCCCGAAAGUGAGAACACCGUCAAUAGCGAUUCAAGGAUCAACUAUUGCCAGGAGAACCAGCGACUUGAUGAUGAACAGCCUCGGACAAGGAUACGACCAAGGUCGUGACGUCACAGACUGUCCGCGGGUCGUCUCGUCAGUGAAGGACAUGGCUGCCAGGUUCGAACAGAUCAAACUGCAGCCGACCCCGAAAUCCGAAGUGGACGUGAAACUCCAGCCGAAACAGAACAUGAACUGCGUAUCUCCCAUAUUGUUGUCGUCGGAUGUUGCUCAGGAGCUGUCGUCGGAAGAGACGAAAUCAACUAAAUUAUCAUCCGAGAAUGUGACGCCUUUCGUGAAGACGGAAGUCGUACCUUCCCAGUCGGCCUUGAACUCUAACUUCGAGUCGAACUCUAGCCAGAACAACUUCAUCGCGAUGACACCGCCGAACAAUUCCGCUGUUCAACAGAGCGGAUUGAACGCGGCGAUAUUGUCGAUGUCCUUGACACUACCACACGAGAACGGUUUACCCAUCGAUUAUCCGGAGGAUGAUAUCAGUGAAGUAGCAAUGCAGAACACCAUUCAGAAUACGACGAUCUUGCCGAGCGAAGAGGACAUUGCCCCCAGGAAAGUGAAACGGCGGAUAGGGAAGAAGAAAAGCGUGUCUUUCUGCGACCAAGUAGUGCUCGUUGCUACAGCAGAGGACGACGAGAAGGACUCAUAUAUACCUAAUCCUAUUCUGGAGAGGGUUCUACGUUCUGCGAUGAACAAGCCGGAAACUGCCCAAGUAUUGCGAGAAAUCAGGAGUCUCCAGGAAGCGGAGAUGAAUCGCGAGAACACUGCCACGAAGUUCCAACAGCAGACUCUUCCUUUGAAAAGCGAAGCCGAUAGCGUGCCAGCGACACCCUUCCAAGAUCAGCUGAGGAGCAUUAAUCUGGUACCAAUUCCGGACACCAUCAAGCCUAUGUUCGGGCGACAGAACUCUAGUGAUUCAAUCGGGUCGUUGACAGAUAAAAAGUCUUGCGGAUCGUACGGGAACGAAGGCAAAGACGUCGUCAGAGAAACUUACUCCAGCACGCCGGUUAACACUUCGAAACCCUCGUCGUAUUCGCCGCAGCUGCAGCAGCAGAUCAGAUACAGUCAGAACGGAUACACACACUUCGUGCAACCGAUAUAUCCGCAGACUCAGACGUCCCAUCCGCGAAAUCAGGCUAUUCCCUUGUCGCAAGCUCAAAAACCAGCCAGUCCUUACCCCACGCAAAUGCACGGACAGUACAUUCAGAACGGCAUCCAACAGGCGAAAGUAUUGCCGCAGAAAAACGGCUACCCGGGCGGGACGUAUUAUCAGUUGGAACAGCAGCAUAAUCAGAUGAACAAACAAGCGAUCGUGCAGCCGCAACAGAACACCCUAAGUCAAAGGCUUCCGACACACAACGCUAGCCCGAUAACUGUGCAACACUCACAGCAGCAAUUCUCGUAUCCUCCCAAUCAGUCACCGAGCCCAUAUCAAAGUCAAUACUCGCAAAGUUCCUAUCAGGGUCACUCCUACCAAACUGUUCUUCCUCAAAGCAGAAUGGGUCAACCGUUACCGCUGUAUCAACCACCGCCCAAUCCUCCACCCGUAUCUUAUCAACAGCAACAGCAACAGCAACAACAGCAGCAACAACAAAACGUACAGAACUACCAGCAGAGACACGACAGUUAUCAGCGACUAUCUCAGAAGGUAGAUCAGCCGAAUACUUUGGUAUCCAAUCAGACCUACCCGAAGACUGUGCAGAAUGGUCAGAUACAGUCGAAUAUGAAGUAUCCCGCCUACCAGCAUCCCCCGCUUCCCAAGCAGAUGCAUUUCGCGAUGUCCACCGCGAAGGUCGUCCCGAUGAUGACGCAGCCGAUAGUGACGCAGUCUUCUUUGCAAACGGCGACGAACGUGACGACUACCAUGAGGGCGUGUGUGACCCCGUGCAACCUUUGCCGGAAGAGAAACGUGCUCGAACCGACGCUCUACUGCACGGACUGCGACUUUUACAUGUCUCGUUUCCGGGCGGGCAACAAAGCCACCUGAGCUGCUCGUCGGGUGGCUUGUCGGCCUCAUCGAAUGUUGCGCUCCUGCGAAGAAGGAGCAGAAUCGUCUUCUCCGUAGCGAGUUAAUUCAUUAUCGUGCCAACAGAUAACAAGCCGCUAGGGCUCGCGAAAGUCUGAUUCUCGUUCACAUUUUCUACAGUCGUGUAGUAUUACAUUUUUAAACGGCUCGCAUUACGUGCGAUUGCAAGAUUAUAAUAUUCAAAUUUUUAUUUAAAAAUUGUAUAAUGCUUCCAUACUUCUCGCAUGCUAGGAAUAAACCUAGCUUGCAAUUCAUGAAAUUCUUAAAGUUAAGAAGAAAAAAAUUUUAUUGGAGUUAGAGAGAAAAAUUUAGACGCAAGGCCAAUACGUAGUAUUCCGUUAAUUUUUUAGAUGACAUUCGAUGAAAUAUCCGGAUAAAUGUUUUUUCGUCUUAAUUUGUACAAAUUAGACAGUAUUUGUUUGGAGACCCUCAUCGUGCAGCUACUAGAUAUAUACUCGCUUGUACAAUAUUAUUGAUAGUAUUAUUUUCUAUAACUUAUGUUAAGUUGUGUGUAGAAAAGCUGUACUUUACAUUGCAUUAGACGUACUUCGAACUGCUCGGCUAAGUAGAUGAUUACUAUUGCAACGUGCAGAUUCUAAAAAGUUCUAUAUACAAUGUGUCCCUCUCCCCUCCCCUAGAGUCUUAUAUUUUAUAUAAAACAGCGAAUUUUCACAUCAUCAUGUCUGAUUUACUGCAUUCUUCGUAUCUAUAGUGCAUCAAUUUUCAUUUGUACAUAGGCAAAUCUCAUCUCACAAACCUCUUUAAGAUUUGUAAAAACGAAUAAUUCUAUAAGUUGUAGUUGAGCACACGGCACACUUGUACUUCACUUUUUGUUUACUCGUGCAUAUCUUCAAUGCACGUCGUACUUUUGUUACAGAGACAAAACGCCGGAAUUGUGAUACUAGCCAUGCUACGUAGAAUUUAUUGUUACGGUAGAAAAUAUAUCACACGUUGCGCGAAAGGAAACUUAAGUAGAGAGUACGUGAAACUUGAUCUCUGAGUACGCGUGGAGUUUAUUUUACGUUAACGGUUCUUGAAGUUACGUCGUAUGUACUUACGUAAUGUAAUAUGUUGCAUUGUAUUAUCUUCUAAGUGUUAGAUCGAUGUAAAAACGUCCAAUUUUAUACUUUUUGUAUGAGUAUUUUGUUUUAAGAAAUACUUUAUUUUGACCUCUUGUAACAUUAAUACAAAUAAAAAAGAUUUAAUAAUAAUAACAUGAGAAAGAUUCU